AUGACAGUGUUUAUCCCCCAACUAAUCCUUACAUUGAUAACGUAUCUCCUAAUGAGUGCUUUUAUCUAUCCUAUUGAAUCAAUUAUUUACACAUUGUUGGUAGGACCAAUGGGUAUGGUGCUUGCUUGGUACUCCAUCUAUCUGCAAUCAAGCACAAUUUCCCAAGUUGUGGUUAGUAUUCUAUUGCUCCCUUAUAUUCAGAAAGUGGCUUACGAAGCAGUACUCAGUCGUGAAAGCAAUAAUCUGUUUGUGCGGUUAUUAAGAGCUAAAAAUGACCCGACUUUGUGGCCAUUGUGGAUGAGAAUCAAACUUUAUUUAUAUGACAUUUGGAGAUUUUCAAUUUUCCCCAUGCUGUUGCCAAGAAUGAUGAUAUUGUUUUUGAUUAAUUUGAUACCUAUCAUUGGUCCCAUAUUGGUGUUUUAUUUCCGUGCAACUACAAAGGGUUACUUGGCACACAGAAGAUAUUUUAUCUUAAAAGGAUACAAUAGGGCAGAGAUGAAGCGCACCUUCAAAGUUAAUAAACCAGCAUACGUUGCAUUUGGGCUUUCUGCACUUUUACUUGAAAUGAUCCCAUGUUUUAAUCUUUUACUUGUGUUUACAAACACUAUCGGGGCAGCAUUAUGGGCGGUGGAUUUAGAAAAUAAUGAAAGAGCAACGUCUCGUUUGAUUGAGGAUGAAUAUCUUGUCGAUCCAAAACGUGAAUUUAGAUCCUUUCGUAGGCCAUUUUCAAGCCCGUCUCCAACUUUAGUAUAG